AUGUCUUACCCAGAUCAUCACGAUGAGGAGAAGAAGCAGGCUACCUUCGAUGUCGGUGCUGACUAUGAAGGAGCGCCCUCUAUUCAAGCAAUUGAUGCUUUGAUCGCCGAAGAUCACAAACAUGAAAUCAAGCUACGAACCCUGUCCUGGCAGAAGACUGCCUGGAUUCUCGCUGGAGAGCAGGUUUGUUUAGCUAUUAUGGCCCAGUCGUGGUCCCUAUCUGUUCUCGGAUGGGUUCCUGGUAUGAUCACUAUAGGUGCCUGCUUCGUUAUCUUCUGGUAUACAUCUAUUACAAUGCACCAAUAUAUCAUGAAAUACCCUCAUAUCAAGGAUAUCUGCGACUUUGGUUAUCACAUCUUUGGCUCAAGUCGGACGGCUUUUAUUUUUUCUGGCUUCAUGUUGAUCGCGAAUAAUGUUAUGCUGAUCGGUUUCCACGUCCUCACCGGUGCCAAAAUUCUGAAUACCCUUUCUGGUCACACAGUAUGCACUGCCGGUUUCUCGAUCAUUGUCGCCAUCAUGGGCAUCGUACUUAGUGCGCCUCGAACUCUCCGCCACGUGAGCUUCAUGUCCAUCCUCUCAUCCGCCUGCAUGGGUGUCGCAAUCCUCCUCUUCUUGGUUUUCGUCGGAAUUGAAGAUGCUCCUCUUUACGGAUACCACGGUGACUACCCCACAGAUGGACUUGUCAAGACCUACGCCUUCCCUCUUCCUGGUACUACUUGGGUGGAUUGCUUGAACGCUGUUCUGAACAUUACUUUCCUAUGGGUUCCUCAAAUUCUGUUCCCCUCCUUCAUUGCCGAGAUGGAACGUCCUCAGGAUUUCCCCAAGGCAUUGGCUGUUCUUGCUGGUAUCUCUUUGAUCCUGUUCACCGUGCCCCCAGCCAUUGGUUUCCAUUACCUUGGUCAAUAUGCUACUGCUCCCGCUUUUGGCAGUCUGGGCAUUGUUGCGUACAAGAAGGCUUCUUUCGGUUUCGUCAUCGUUCCCACUCUCCUCAUCGGCGUCAUCUACGCCAACGUCGUUGCCAAAUUCAUCUUCCUCCGCGUCCUUGGCAAGUCCAGACACGCUCACAGCAACACCAUCACUGGAUGGGGUGUCUGGCUUGUGAUCAUGGUCGCUAUUUGGAUCCUCGGAUUCAUCUUCGCCGAGGUUAUUCCCAGCAUGGGUGAUUUCCUCUCUCUUCUCAGUGCUGCAUUCGACUCCUUCUUCGGUUUCAUCUACUUUGCUGUUGCAUACUGGCAGUUGAACCGAGGAAAUCUGUUCGGAGGAGCUGUCAGGACUGGCUUGACCUUGUUGAACAUCUUGAUUUUCGCCAUUGGUCUGUUUGUUCUGGGCCCUGGUCUUUACGCUGCUGUCGAGGCUAUUAUUGCUGACUACUCUGGGAGUACGACGCCCGCCUUCACAUGUGCCAACAUGGCCAUUUAA